CCUGCCCCCAAACAAACCCACUUCAAGUUGAUGCUUCUGCACUCACCUUUAAAUGCUCCACCGUUGAUCAGCUGCCGUAGUUUCAGCCUGAUCUGGAAUCAGCCCGUCGGUCAAAAUGUCCAUGAAGGUCCUGUCCGUCUCCGUCCUCCUGCUCGCCAUGUGUCUCUACUUUGAGUCCUUUGCAGACGCCACUCCCCCAGGAGGUCGGCACCCUGGGAAGAGUCGGAUGUGCUGCGUCAGCGUGACCACAGUGAACGUCAGCAGGAACGUCACUGGCAACAAGUAUCGAGAGCAACAGGCCAAAAAACCCUGCGUUCACGCCAUAAUUUUCAGCACAAUUAAUGGACAAGUUUGUGCCGAUCCUAAGGCUAAAUGGGUCCAGCAGCUCAUCGCCAACAUGACGAAGGAGUGAAGCGUCGCUGCCUGUCUGAGCAAAUACUUUCCUGCUGCUGUACAUAACGGCAACAUGCAUAUACACUCAUAUAUCCUACUAUAAUAACCUCCCUGAAUGCAUCGCUCACAUUUAUAUCCACAGAAAACCUAUAAUCAAACAUUAAUAUAUUCUGUAACCCAAAAUAAAGCUUGUUUUUUAAGUUA